CCGGUUCGGGUUCCAUCCAGCCCAGCCCAGCAGUCGUGUGGACAGUUUUCCCUUUCCAUCCUUUCCUCCUUACAGCCAGUCAGUCGGUCAGUCAGUCAAAGUCAAAUCAAACUCACAUUCCUGACGACGAGGACGACGACCUACCGCCCGCAUGGCCUCCCCCAGGACGUAGUCGACCCGUCCCCCGAGGAGGACGACAUCUCCAAGCAGCCGCACGUGGGCACGUCAUAUGGCCAUGUCUACGCGGAGACGGAUGCGGAUGUGGAGGAGGAUGCGGAAACAGCAUCACAGACCUCGCGAUCGUCGUCGUCGUCAUAUACGUACGUGAACUCGCAGCGGGUGCCUUCGCCGCCGCCACCGCCGGCGGCGUUGGCGGCGGGGGGGUACGAGUACAUGUUCCCUGCACGACGAGCGCCGGAGUCGAUGUCGGAUCGGAGUUAUGGACAGAGGUCGUCCAUGGACUAUACGCCACGCACGAGUGAGUAUGCGCCGUCGUACACGACCGAGUGGACGCCGCCAGAGUCGGCGGAUGAGCAUGAGCAGGAGAGUGUGGAUACGAGGCCGCCAUCUACGUAUGUCCCGCCGACGGAAAUUGAGGAUAUAUCAGCGCAGACGCCGCUGGUGCCAAGGGCUAGAUGGAGGUGCUUUGGAGCACGGUCGUCGCGCACGCUGCCGGCGCAUGGUGGGAAGCGCAGGCGCAGCGGCUGUGUUCGCACGACUGCCCUCUUCGUUCUCCUGUUCCCACUGUUGUUUUGGGUCUAUGGCCGCAGUAUUAUGAAGCACACGUUCGCAGAAAUUGAAGUACUACUCCCGCAGGGCUGCAACGUCACCCCCGAGGAUGCCUUCGCAAUGCACGGCACGCACUCGCUCCCCGCGGGAGAUAUCUUUAGUUUCGCAGAGGCGUUGUCGGCGCGGCGGAUCAUGCUGGACGGCACAGUACUUGUCCAAACCGCCAAGGAUCCCGACGCCGCAAAUAUUACAGUAUCGUACACCAUUGCUUCCUCGUCCGAAUCUGCGCUGUCACUCGCCUUCUCCGAUGACCUGGCCGAGCUCAUCUCACUUGUCGAUGUGUCUUCAACGACGGAGGCGAACAUCCUCUCAGCGCAGCGGUACACCAAGCAGAGAAUCUGCGCAACCGCACACAUAGUCAUCACUCUCCCACGCUCAGUAAAGGAGCUAUCCCUAUCCACCACCUCCCUGGCCAUUUCCCUCGCCGACGGCAUCAGCCUCGAAACUCUAUUCGCGGCCACCUCCCACGGCGGGAUCCACCUCUCCAAGGACGCGCAGGUCAGCAACUGCACGACCGCGCGCACCUCCUUCGGGAGCAUAAGCGGCACCUACGACCUGGGCGGACACCUAUGCCUCGAGACGUCAGCGGGCAACAUCAACGCAGCGAUCCGGCCGCUCGCCACGCCCUUCUCCCCCGCCGCGCUCACCGCCAAAGCCGACAGCGGCUCGAUCCACCUCAGCAUUAUCGGCGGCGGCGCCGGCAAAGCGCCGGUCCGCAACUACACCGCGGACAUUUCCAGCACUACGGGCAGCAUCAGUGGCGAGAUCCUCCUCGGCCUCAAGGCGGACCUGUCGACGCACACGGGCACGAUCCGGGUCGACUUUGUCCCCGUUGGCGAUGCCGACGCAGAUGUCACUACAGAAACGAAGUCGGGCAAUAUCGUUGUCGGUUUCAAACACCUGCUGCACGGGAAGAGUGUUUGGGGACGACAUGAAACUCGCACUGGUGCCGUCGCGGUAAGGUACCCCAGCGACUGGGAGGGCCGUGUGCGUGCGACUUCGAGACUAGGCGUCGUGGAUGUCCGUGGCAAGGGCGUGGUAACGGAGAGGAACGAGAGGGAUGUCGUUGAGGGGUAUAGGGGAGAUCGUGAUGCGGGCGGGAUCGAGGCGGUUAAUGGCGUGGGUAGUGUCGAGGUUUUGGUGGGGUAGUGUGUUGGUGUGCGGGUGUGCGGGUGUGCGGGUGUGCGGGUGUGCGGGUGAUGAGUGAUGGGGGGUGGGUGGUCACUUUCUUGUAAAUACUUUGGCCCAUGGGCAGUUAUUGGUUUUAAUCAGGUGUGUAUAUCAGCGGGAGCGAGCGAGGGUAGGCACUGGGCAGGGAGAGUGGUAGUUUUUAUUGUAUUUUUUGCUUGUUGGAAGCCCUGGAUAAUUUGUAUUUACUUUAUCUAUGAUUAUACUUACAUCUUAUACUUAUACGAGCA